UUGACGACCUCAACAAGAUGGCGACGCUGCAGGGCGGGCUGCUGGACCCAGAUCUCGGAGUGCCGGAACCAGACCACGGGGUGCUGGAACCAGACCUCGGGGUGCUGAGUCCCGCGCUGCUGGCGCAGCUGCGAGACUUCAAGGUUCAGAGUCGGAUUGCCAACGAAAAGUAUCUCAGGACCCACAAAGAAGUAGAGUUGCUCAUAAGUAGUUUUUUCAGAGAAAUGUUAUUGAAAAGACCGGAGAACAUCCUAGAAUUUGCUGCAGACUAUUUCACGGAUCCAAGACUUCCCAAGAAGAUUCACAUGCAGCUAAUUAAAGACAAGAACGUGGUUUAAUUAGCAAAAUCAUGAUGCUCAGCUGUUGGGAGAGACCAGCCAGAAUCCAGCCUCGGGGGUCAUCUGGAAGCAUGAGAGCCUUGUUGCCAUCAGUGUGGCUUUGCAAGCUGCCUUGGGCACUGUCUGCUGUCGCAGAGGCUUUUAAAGAUACUCGUUAAAAACAGACCUUCCUGCUC